UCUCAAAUUGUAAUAAUUAAAGCAUUUUAGAGAGAGAAAGAAAAAAAAUAAGCAAUGGCUGAUACUACUAUCACACGUCCAUUGGCAAAUUAUCAUUCAAGUGUUUGGGGAGAUUAUUUCCUUUCCUACACUCCUCAACUCACGGAAAUUAGUAGCCAAGAGAAACUUGAACUUGAAGAAUUGAAAGAAAAAGUCAGGCAAAUGUUAGUGGAAACUCAUGAUAAUAGUACCCAAAAACUUGUCUUGAUUGACACCAUCCAACGAUUGGGAGUGGCAUAUCAUUUCGAAAACGAAAUCAAAACAUCCAUUCAGAAUAUUUUUGAUGAAUUUGAACAAAAUAAAAAUGAAGAUAACAAUGAUGAUGUUUGCGUUGUUGCUCUUCGUUUUAGACUAGUGAGACGACAAAGGCAUUACAUGUCUUCUGAUGUGUUCAAAAAAUUUAUCAACGAUGAUGGAAAAUUCAAGGAAACUCUUACUAAAGAUGUUCAAGGCUUAUUAAGUUUAUACGAAGCAACACAUCUAAGAGUACACGGAGAAGAAAUUCUUGAAGAAGCUCUAUCUUUUACCGUUACUCAUCUCAAGUCCAUGAGCCCUAAAUUGGACAAUUCACUCAAGGCCCAAGUUAGUGAAGCCUUGUUCCAGCCCAUUCAUACAAAUGUACCAAGAGUGGUAGCUCAUAAAUACAUACGUAUUUACGAAAAUAUUGAAUCGCAUGAUGAUUUGCUUUUGAAAUUUGCAAAAUUGGAUUUCCACAUUUUGCAAAAAAUGCACCAAAGAGAGCUUAGUGAACUAACAAGGUGGUGGAAAGAUCUUUAUCAUUCAAACAAAUAUCCAUAUGCAAGAGACAAACUAGUGGAAUGUUAUUUUUGGGCAACAGGGGUGUAUUUUGGGCCACAAUACAAACGUGCAAGAAGAACGUUAGCAAAAUUAAUCGUUAUCAUUACAAUUACUGAUGAUCUAUAUGAUGCUUAUGCAACUUACGACGAACUUAUGCCUUAUACCGACGCAGUUGAGAGAUGUGACAUUAGCGCUAUGGAUUUGAUAUCGUCCUAUAUGAGACCUCUUUAUCAAGUCCUUUUAGACUAUUUUGAUGAAAUGGAAGAAGAAUUGACCAAAGAUGGUAAAGCACACUAUGUCUACUAUGCAAAAAUUGAGAUGAAUAAGUGGAUCAAAAGCUAUCUUAAGGAAGCAGAAUGGUUGAAAGAUGACAUUAUUCCAAAAUGUGAGGAAUAUAAGAGAAACGCUACUAUAACUGUUUCCAAUCAAAUGAUUUUGAUUACUUGUUUGAUUGUUGCGGGGGAAUUUAUAUCCAACGAGACUUUCGAAUGGAUGAUAAAUGAGUCUUUGGUCACUCCAGCUUCAUCACUAAUCAAUCGAUUAAAGGACGAUAUUAUUGGACAUGAACAUGAACAACAAAGAGAACAUGGAGCUUCAUUCAUUGAAUGUUACAUGAAAGAAUAUAGAGCUUCAAAACAAGAGGCAUAUGUUGAGGCUCGAAGGCAAAUUGCAAAUGCAUGGAAAGAUAUAAACACUGAUUAUUUACAUGCUACUCAAGUACCAACGUUUGUCCUCGAACCUGCCUUAAAUCUUUCACGCAUCGUAGAUAUUCUCCAAGAGGAUGAUUUUACGGAUUCACAAAACUUCCUUAAAGACACAAUCACCUUGUUGUUUGUUGACUCUGUCAAUAGUACAUCAUGUGGAUAAUCGUAUCAUUCAUCAAAUUGUGAUUAAUGGUUUCAACAUAUCUAAGUGGUUGAUGAAAUAAUGUGUGUGUGGGGGGGGGGGG